GAAGAAGUUACUCUUCCGCCAUUCUUCUCUAACCAAUUCCCGUCUUGCAGCGCCAUUCUCUCAUCCUAUCCUUAACAAAAACAAAAACUCAGACAAAGAAUCAAUAAAAAAGGGGAGAAUAAUCAUAGAGAAAAACCAAAGAAACACUUGAAGAUCCAUCCAGAGCACUUACAGCUGAUAAAUCAUCAUCAUAACUAUCAUCUCCUCUGCAAUGCAUCAUCUGCACCUCUAAUACUGCAUGAAUUCCCAAGAUCGGUUUCAAGAAUUAUCCCCCAUGGUACUAUGUUCUCCCAUCAUCAUUUUCUCUUCAACGAAUUGAAUUUCCCAUAAGAUCUGUGUUUAUUCUCUGAUGAUUCCAUGCUUGAAAUCCAUCGUAUCUAAAGGGUGUUCGUAACCGUAAUGAACAUCGUAAUAACCCAUAUCUUUUUUCUGGGAAUUGUGAGUCCUUGUAUUGCAACCAGCAUCAACGCAAUAUCAAGAAAUAAAAGGGGAGGAGAUUUGAACGGUUUCGUUUUGGCUUGUGGCACUAAAAGCAAUGCAAGCGAUCCAGAUGGCACAUAUUGGAUUCCAGACGAGAAAUUCCUGAGAUCAUCUUCUUCUCCGAACGAUACGAUGUCAGCCACAGCAGAAUACCAAGACCCUUCUUUAUCCUCAACUGUCCCUUACAUGACAGCAAGAAUCCUCAUGACAGAAUCCACAUACUCCUUCCCUGUUUCCCCUGGUUCUCGCCAUUGGAUCAGGCUUCAUUUCUACCCUUCUUUUUACAGCAACAAUUUCAACUGCUCUAAUUCCUUCUUCUCGGUAAAAAUCGGCGGGUUUACUCUGCUCAGUAAUUUCAGUGCUUCAAUCACAGCCCAGGCACUCUCGCAGGCUUAUAUCAUCAGGGAAUUCACCUUUCCUCCUCCAGGGUUUCCACUCCUUAACCUCACUUUCACCCCUUCAAAAGAAUACAAUGGCUCCUUCGCGUUCAUCAAUGGCAUUGAGGUAAUUCCCAUGCCGGAAAUUUUCCAAUCAGCCACUCCGGUUGGGCUGGCUCAGGACUCCAUCGACACGACGUCUUACUAUAUGCAAUCAAUGUAUAGGCUGAAUGUCGGCGGACAGUUUAUUUCUGCCAGCAAUGAUUCUGGGCUUACCAGAACAUGGUACGACGAUUCUCCAUACUUGUUUGGCGCGGCUUCAGGGGUCACCAGCAGGGCUAACAAGAGCGUAACAAUUCAGUACUCCCCAAAUUCUCCAGAUUACAUUGCUCCUUUAGAUGUUUAUGAAUCUUCAAGAACAAUGGGGCCUUCUGCAAAUGUGAAUAUACACUAUAAUCUCACUUGGGUUUUCAGGAUUGAUGCGAAUUUCAGUUAUCUAGUGAGGAUGCAUUUCUGUGAGUACCAGUUGAGCAAAGUGAAUCAGAGGGUGUUCUAUGUUUACAUCAAUAACCAGACGGCCAUUGCAGAAGCGGAUGUGAUUGGAUGGGGCGGAGGCCGAGGCAUUCGGAUCCACAAGGAUUUUGUGAUCUAUGCCAAAGACAAAGAAGGCGGCGGCGAUGAUGAUGAUGAGCUGUGGGUGGCUUUGCAUCCCAACGGAGACUCCAAACCCCAAUUCUACGACGCGAUCCUCAACGGGCUAGAGAUUUUCAAAUUGAACGAUUCUAGGGAAACCCUAGCAGGUCCAAACCCGAUUCCGCCGCCGCCCGUCCCGGAUCCGAACUCCCCCGGGCCCGGAUCAUUCGCUCAUUCGGACGCCAGUCGCCGGGGCAUAAUAGUUGGGUCGGUCCUCGGCGUGGCCACUGGCUUCGGCGUAGUCAUUUGUUUAGUGGCUCUGCAGAGGCGGGAAGUUUCGGGGGGAGGAGGAGGAGGCGACGGCGACGGCGGAGGAAACUCCAGCGGGAGAGGGUGGCUGCCGAUGUACGGAAGCUCGAGAUCAAGUGGAGGAACGACGACGUUGUCCGGAAAGAGCAGCGCAAGCAGCCGGAUCUCAAACCUCGGCGGAGGCAUGUGCAGGCACUUCACCCUGGCGGAGAUCAAACUCGCCACAGGCGACUUCAGUGAGUCUCUGGUAAUCGGCAUCGGCGGGUUCGGGAAAGUGUACCAGGGGGAGAUCGACGGAGGGAGCACGAAGGUGGCGAUAAAGAGAUCGAACCGGUCUUCUCAACAGGGAGCCCAUGAGUUCCAAACAGAGAUCGAACUGCUCUCCAAGCUGAGACACCGGCACUUGGUGUCUCUGAUCGGAGCAUGCGAAGAAGGCGACGAGAUGAUUCUUGUGUACGAUUACAUGGCCAAUGGGACCUUGAGAGAGCACCUCUACAAGCACAACAAUCCUCCCCUCUCAUGGAAGCAGAGGCUGGAGAUUUGCAUUGGCGCUGCCAGAGGGCUUCACUACCUUCACACUGGUGCACGGCAAACAAUCAUCCAUAGGGAUGUGAAGACUACAAACAUCCUCUUGGACGAUCAAUGGGUGGCGAAGGUGUCGGAUUUUGGGUUAUCCAAGACUGGCCCUGCUCUGAAUCAAACUCACGUCAGCACAAUGGUGAAGGGGAGUUUCGGGUACCUGGAUCCGGAGUACUUUAGGAGACAACAGCUCACAGACAAGUCCGACGUCUACUCCUUCGGUGUGGUCCUCUUUGAAGUUAUAUCCGGCAGGCCGGCGCUAGACGCCAGCGAGCAUGUCACCCUCGUGGACUGGGCAUUCCAAUGCCACGCAAAGGGGAUGGUUGAGACCCUGGUUGACCCCUAUAUAAGAGGGGAUAUUACGCCGGAGUGCUUGAAGAACUUUGUCGAAAUUGCGUUGAGUUGCGUGUCCGAACAGGGAAUCCACCGGCCAUCGAUGGGGUCUGUCCUGUGGAACCUCGAACUCUCCUUGCAUAUGCAGAUCGACCCGGACAGCCCCAAAGUGGUGGCAGAGCAGAAGGUCAACAACGCUCAUGCCACACAUGUCGGGUUAGUGAGCAUUGAAGAGGAGAGCGAUGUUGAGGAUGAGUCUCAAGAUGCAAUAUUUUCUCAGAUAGUGAAUCCCCAAGGAAGAUAGCUAGCUUCUAGCUAAUUGGUGAAUGAAAACGGGUGAAUGAA